AUGAACCAGGGAAUGCCUUUACUUUCUUUUCGUCCCACAGAACCUGUUCAAGGGCAAAACAGUGCAUCCGUCUGGAAUGAAGGUCAACAGUACUCUCAACAGAUCCAGGGAUUUCCUGAUUCGUGCCAAUUCUGGCAGGCGUCGCAAGCAAGCCUAGUCAACCAGUCCAUAGGAAGAGAUUUAGGACCAGAACAAAACCACGACCCGUGGAGUGAUAGCACUGUCGCGACUUCAAAAUUUGAGUCGCAAGACAUGUCAUCCAUCACAGCUCAAGAAUCCCUAGGAGCCCAUUCCCAGCAGGCUACUCACACAUCAGUUACCCCAUAUGAUCAAGACCGAUCGAGGACAUACCCACAGCCUUCCCACGGAUCUUUUCAUAUGUCUUCAACAAAACAAGAUCUCACUGGAAGAUCGGUCAGUCCAGAAAACACCGCCUUAUAUACCCCUACACAGAUGGAUAUCCAGGACUACGAAACAUACCUUGGAGAUGACUUGUCAGGUGCUCAGAACAUAUUCCAUGGAAGUUCUACCUCUAAUGCAGAACAACAAAUGAUUAAUGCUUCGGCUGCCGGACCAUUUACGAACAUCUACCCUACCGCAGGAGAGGAGUUGCUUGUAUCUUCGUACCCAAUCUCCAUGGCAAAUCAAGGUCCUGCAGUAUCAGAAUCGAUGAUGUACAAUCCAAGUGUCAUCGCCGGCUCUGAGCUGCAGUGGGACUCUAAUGCUGUGGAUGAUUUUCUGGGAUCACCAAUCUCAUCCCCAAUUUCUCCCAUCUCAUCAACCUCUCCAGGAGAAACUUGGUCCAUACCAAACAUGAUGGUCCCAUCAACGAAUAGCCCACCAAGAUUUGAAGCUAUCUCACCAAGGUUUGUUCAGGAUCCUGAAUUAGUGGAAUUGAGCUCUUACGAAACCGGCGACAGGGUGACGAGGAAGCCAAUGGGACCCCGCCAUUCCAAGGUCGUUGGUGACAUCGCAGCAGCUCACUCCCGACAACAACUUCUUGGAACUUUGGACCUGAAUGAAGAGACCUUGAAAUUGACCAGUAGGUCUAGCCUUGACGACAACAAUGCUGCCAGGCUUCAUCCCCUCUACCAGAAUGUCAAACCCGGAUCGGAUGGAUUUUAUCACUGCCCAUGGGAAGGCCAAUCAUCAUGUCAGCACAAGGCUGAGAAACUAAAGUGCAAUUACGACAAAUUUGUGGAUUCACAUCUCAAGCCGUAUCGGUGCAAGGUCGUUGCCUGCGAAAACUUGAAUUUCUCUUCUACUGCAUGUCUGCUGCGACACGAGCGAGAAGCUCACGCCAUGCAUGGACAUGGCAACAAGCCCUUCUUGUGCUCGUAUAAAGAGUGUGAUCGUGCCGCUGCUAACAAUGGCUUCCCACGCCACUGGAAUCUUCGUGACCACAUGAGACGUGUGCACAACGAUGGUGGCUCUGUUUCCCCACCACCAUCUGGACAUUCCCGUGGUAAGAAACGCAAGAAUGACGAGAAGCCAGAGAAUCAGCCCACGGAAAAGGUUCUCAAGAGAGUGACCAGUCCAGCAGUGGUUUUGCACCAGCCACAGGAGCCAAGCCCAGAGGAUCUAUACCACCAGGAAUACCUGAGGCUCCUAGCCUUGGUGGAGCAAAUUCGUAAUCCAAAGGAUGCUCAUAACCUGGAAUAUCUCCAAAACACGAUGGAAUCCUUGAGGAUCUUGCACAGGACCAGUAGCUUCGCAAGCGGUCGCCGAUUUUCUAGACAGCAAGCACAUCAAUCUGGGUGA